UUAUCCUUGAACUGUAUUCGGCGCACCUCUCCAACGAUUGUCUGUUCCCAUUGCUAUUUACUGAUCUUUCAACUCUUGUCGAUCAAAGAAUUUCGUCAUUAACCCUUAGCAUCACUUGGCGGUCAAGCCUUAGUUACCCAUAAUUCAACAUGGUUGCAACGACGGAUGUUUGGCCCAACACAGCGGGAUUCGAUACGGACUACCAAGAACACGAGCCCGUGGAGCUCAGCGUCACAGGCACCAUCCCGCAGUAUGCUGCAGGUGUGCUCUAUCGGACAGGGCCCCUUGGCUUCAAGGCAAAGACCAACGAUGGCAAGAUUUGGGCUGCAAAACACUGGUUUGACGGCUUCUCCUGCGUCCAUCGCUUCCAGAUCGAUUUUGAGGGCCCCAAUGGCCCACCCAAAGUGACGUACCGGUCUAGGCGUAUCGUAGAUGAGUACAUCAAUAUCGUUCGUACAACAGGCAGGCUUGACAGCAUCACUUUCGCUUCAAAGCGGGACCCCUGCGAGAGCUUUUUCCAAAAGGUCAUGAGCUUGUUCGUGUCCAAGUUUCAGAAUGAGAAAAAUGUUGGAGUAACUCUAUCCAUCAACAUGCCUGGCAGCGACAAGGUUGGCCGUAGCAAGGAAACUUGUACCAACAACCACACGAACGGCAUAAAGAGUCUGGUCGUAAAGACAGACUCCAGUGCACUCAAGAGGAUCGAUCCAGAAACGCUGGAGCCAAAGGGAUAUGCCAGACAAGCGGCCCUUCACCCAGAGCUCAGUGGACCCUUUUCGGCAGCCCACGCAAAGUCGGAUCCCACGACGGGCGAUAUGUUCAAUUUCAACCUCCAACUUGGACCCAACAGUACUUACCGCGUCUUCCGCGUGUCGGCAGCGACGGGUGAAACGGAUAUCCUUGCGACCUUUCCUGGUACACCAGCCUAUAUUCAUUCGAGCUUCUUGACAGAAAACUAUGUCAUACUCUGUGUUUGGAACUCUCACAUCACAUGGGGUGGUCUGUCGCUCAAGUGGAACAAGAACAUUCUCGACUCUAUCGCCCCGUUUGAUCCCAAGUCGAAAGCCCGCUGGUACGUUGUCGAUCGUAAACAGGGCAAGGGCUUGGUAGCAACGUACGAGAGCGACCCCUUCUUCUGCUUCCACAGCAUCAACGCCUGGGAAGUACCGUCUGUCUCUGACCCCAGCAAGACGGAUAUCAUCGCCGAGCUGAGCAUGUUUGAGAACCUCGACGUGGUGACGCGGUUCUACUACGACAACAUCAUCUCGUCUAUUGACACGCCUGAAUAUACCGGUGAGCGACGCAUGUCUUCGCUUCCUAUGCAGACGCAGUUCCGUCUUCCCAGCGUCGACGCCGGUCUCCCGACCACCCAGCCGCUACCCGCCGAACUUGUCUUCAAAGCGGAGAAGUUCAACUCAAUGGAACUAGGAACCAUCAAUCCAGCGUACCUUUUGCGUCCGCACCGCUACUCUUACGGCUGUGCCGAUCGCCUCCGAUCUACCUUCUUCGACGGCCUUGUCAAGUUCGACAAUAAGACGCAGAAGUCAAUUUUUUGGGAGCAAGACGGACACACGCCCGGCGAGCCCAUCUUUGUUGCUGACCCUGACGGCACCGAGGAGGACGAUGGCGUGCUACUCAGCGUGGUGCUGGAUGGACAUGAAGAAAAGAGCUACUUGCUUGUGCUUCGAGCAAAGGACCUGAGUGAGAUGGGCAGAGCGAAGAUGCAUGGACCGAUGAGUUUUGGAUUUCACGGAACGUUUAACGGAAUGAGUGAGAAGUACAGGGGUGACAUUUGA